AUGGUACUUCAGGCGCCCUGCGAACCACCCCCUCAGCUGGCUACUAUCUGUCCAUUGGCUGAUUCGCUUUACAACUCCACUCACCAGUCAACGUCCCUCGUCAAUCAAGCAACCGGGGAAUUGGAUCUGCUGCUUACUGUGCUAAGCUCUACGAGGGCGUACGUGAUAUCUACGGAUUCGCCGACUGAGUUACCUGGGAUUGUGAAGCGUUGCCAAGAGGCUUUACUGGAUCUGCAGGCUGUUUCGCUGCAUCCCGGUGGGGUCGGAUCGCAGCACCAGAUUACGGAGAUUCGAUCGCGGCUCGGAUCGGUUAUUUUUGAGCUAAGUAUGAUGAAUGCGAAUAUGGCUAUAUCGUUGCAGAAUAAUGUGAAUAAGGCGAUGAGAAGCUUUAUUAAUGAUAUACAUGCAGGCAAGCGAGAUGCAUUCAUCGUUUCUAACGUCCUGAAUAUCGGCCCUUCCGGCCCUGAAAAGGAUGAGGCUUGGCAGAAACUGCAGCAUGAAUUAAACGAUGUCGGUAUUGGGCCGGAACUAUCAAGUCAAGAUCAUGAAUUUAUCAUCAGUGUUCUUGAUAAAGCUGUCAAGGAUGAAAAUCUCUUACGAAAACAAACACAGAUCGAGACACCAAAUCAAUUACUAGCGAGCUCUCCCGAGUAUGAUAUGACCGACACACACAAAAUAGCCCUGCCACGGGGUCUGUCAGACUUACCCAUGUCUCUCGUCACAGAAAUGCAAGGCGAUUUUGAUAAACAAGUCAUAUCAGAAGACUUCCCAGAACCAAUACUCAAGAUGUCAGCAACGUACAGUCCAGGCGACACAGACAAAGAAGUAUUUUGCGAAAACUUCCCGAUACCCCUCGAAGCUGAACCAGGCAGCUCGGCCACCCUCUCAGAAACAUAUUCAGAUGCCAGCUCUUCAAGAGGAAGCUCAUCGUAUCCGAAUAUUGUGCGGAGCAAGAAGCCGAGUAUUAUGCGGAAAAUGAAAUUCAAGUUCACUACUAGCAAGGACGAUUUUAUCCGUCUUGUACAGCAGGGUGGGCUAUAUUCCAUCCAGAGCGCGCUGGAUAAAGGUGCUGAUGUGAAUACGAUGGAUUCGCACGGCCAGACGGCGUUGAUGAUUGCUAUUUUGUUUUUACAUGAGAAUGUUGUCAAUCUGCUGUUAGAAUAUGGUGCGAGCACUGCGAAGAUUUCGGCGACAGGGGACUCGGCGUUGAGUAUUGCAGCUUCAAGAGGCGCCGAGAGGAUUAUUCGAACAUUGCUGGUGCGUGGCACAGCGGUUGAUGGGUCUAAGAACAUUGGGAAGACCGCGUUGUCUCAGGGUGCUGAGUGGGGGCACGAGAAUACCGUUCGAUUGCUGUUCAACGCGGGUGCAGAUAUCAACGGCCUUUCUCAUACUGGUGAUACUGCUCUUUCACAAGCCGCCAUGAACGGCCAUCUGGAUAUUGUUCGGUUCUUGUUGGACAAUGGGGCUAUACCGGAUUAUACUGCCUAUCCGAGGCAGACGCCUCUUUACAAGGCUGUUCAUCAGGAUAGACCUGAGGUGGUGAGGGUGUUGCUGCAGCGGGGAGCAGAUCCAAACCACCCAGAAUCCAUUCGAGCUUGGACGCCCUUAACACUGGCUGCCAUGCAUGGCAGAACGGAGAUACUUGCGAUGCUCAAACACCCAGGAUAUGUCCCCUACCAAUACCAGCGUUGA